AUGGACACUCCGCCGCGCAGCCUAUGGAAGCAUGCAGAUCCAGAGUCUACGUACAUGUGGGAUUUUAUGCAAAAGAUCAACGCGAAUUUCGACCUGGAUAUAACUACGUUUAGACAACUCUACGACUUCUCGGUAUCUCGUCGAAACGACUUCUGGUCGGCGGCCUUCGAAUAUCUCCUCUUCAUUCAUGAGGGUAGCUACCAAAAACCUGUGGACGAAAACGCUAGCAUAACCAGUCUUCCGAUCUGGUUUGAUGGAAUCAGAUUGAAUUUCGCCGAAAACAUUCUGUACACGCAGAAGCCUGGUGUCAAGGACCAACGCAGCACACUUCACAAGGAGGAUGGAAAGAUAGCUUUCACGGAAAUUCGAGAAGGAGGAUCUGAGAAACGCGACGUAACAUGGGGUUCAUUGAGAGAAGGCGUCGCACGGGUCGCGAGAGCAAUGAAAGCCUCCGGCGUACAAAAAGGAGAUAGAAUCGCUGUAAUCGCGUCAAAUUCCGGAGAUACUCUCAAAGUAUUUCUAGGAUGUACGGCUUUAGGUGCCGUAUUUUCUUCAAGCUCCAGUGACAUGGGCGCAAAGGGUCUGCUGGAGCGUUUGGUACAGAUCAAGCCGAAGUUCGUGUUCAUGGAUGAUGGGGCGCUCUACAAUGGACAGAAAAUUGACCUGAGACCUAAAAUGAACGCAGUCAUUGAAGGCAUGAAAGAUAUUCAUGAGUUUGAAGGCAUUAUUUCUCAGCCUCGGUUCUCGACUCCUCACGAUAUCAGUGGGAUUCCACGUGUAAUGACAACAGAAAGUUGGCUACAGAGAUCCGCCUCAGACAAAGAAGAGCUUACCUUCGAGAGAGUAGCGUUCCAUGACCCCUUAUUCAUUGUCUAUUCAUCAGGAACGACGGGGACACCUAAGUGCAUUGUCCAUACAGUUGGCGGCUCCAUCAUUUCCAACGCCAAAGAGGCAUUGCUCCACCGUAGCAUGGACUAUCGUUCCAUAUCAUUAACCUACACGACGACUGGAUGGAUUAUGUAUGCAGCCUUGAUUUUCCACCUGCUCAAGGGCAGUAAAAUCAUCCUUUACGACGGAUCACCAUUCCUACCAUCAGUGACUAGUCUUCUCGAAAUCGCUGCGCAAGAAAGGGUCACUCACUUUGGAACCUCACCAAGGUAUCUCCUUGAACUUCAAAGGAAGCGACUCAAACCUCGUGAGCUGUUUGACUUAUCUGCUUUGGAAGUUGUUGUAUCCACCGGCUCGGUAUUGUCCGAUGCGCAAUUCGAAUGGUUUUACGACGAGGGCUUCCCGGAAAGUGUCCAGCUCUCGAAUUUAUCAGGAGGAACCGAUAUUUGCGGCAGCUUCGCGUGCGGCAAUCCUUUGGAACCAGUCCACACAGGAGGAUGCCAAGGGCCAGUUCUGGGGACACCGAUCUCUAUCUUCGACCCAACAAUUGAAGGCGACAAUGUGAAGGGAACGCCCGUAUCCGAUGGUAUGCCGGGAGAGCUAGUAGCUACUGCGUCAUUCCCAAAUGUACCACUUGGAUUCUGGGCUGAUCCAGGCGGAAAGCGAUUCCUCAGCUCAUAUUUCGAGAGAUUCGCAGAAAGCUGGACGCACGGAGAUCUUGUGCAGCAGCAUCCUGUCACCAAGCAGAUAUUCUUCCUUGGUCGAUCAGACGGCGUCCUCAACCCCCAAGGCGUCAGGUUUGGAUCUGCGGAGAUUUACUCCGUGCUUGAAGGAACGUUCCCACAGAUCCAGGACUCUAUUUGUGUCGGCCAGCGUCGACCAAUAGAUGCUGAUGAAAGGGUAGUACUCUUCGUGAUGAUGAGACAUGGGCAGACUCUUUCUCAGAAAUUGAUACGAGAUAUCAAAUCGGAGAUUGGGAAGCAGUUGAGCAAAAGACACGUCCCGGCUUAUGUCUUCGCCACACCAAAUAUUCCCGUGACAGUGAACGGCAAAAAGGUUGAACUGCCAGUGAAGCGAAUCGUGUCAGGUCAGGUGGUAACGCCAGCUGCCACCAUUGCAAACCCACAAUGCUUGCAAUAUUACUAUCAGUUCGUCGACGUCGAGAACCCCAAGCAUUCGGGAAGCAAGCUGUGAAUGCUCAAUGAUUUCACGUAAAGCUUAGUAAAUGAUAGAACGAUC